AUGGCUGACGAAGCGAAGGCGAGAGGCAACGCCGCGUUUUCGGCGGGGAGGUUUGAGGAAGCCGUGGAUCACUUCACGGACGCCAUCAAGCUCGCGCCCGACAACCACGUGCUCUACAGCAACCGGUCGGCGGCGUACGCGAGUCUGCACCGCUACGGCGACGCGCUGGCGGACGCGGAGCGCACGGUGGAGCUGCGCCCCGACUGGCCCAAGGGCUACAGCCGCCUGGGCGCCGCGCUGCACGGGCUGCGCCAGUACGCGCGCGCCGUGGAGGCGUUCGAGCGCGGGCUGGCGCUGGAGCCCAGCAGCGCCGUGCUGCAGGCGGGGCUGGCGGACGCCAAGGCCGCGCAGGCCGCCGACGAGGCGGGCGGAGAGGGGGGAAAUCCGCUUGCGAAGGCGUUUCAGGGUCCCGACUUCUGGGCGCGGCUGCACGCGGACCCGCGCGCGCGGCAGCACCUGAGCGACCCCGCGUUCCGCGCUACGGUGAGCGCCGUGCAGAGCAACCCCGCUCUGCUGAACGCGCACCUGAGCGACCCGCGCAUGAUGGACGUGCUGGGCGCCGCGCUGGGCAUCAGCAUCCGCUCCGCCGCAUCCGCGGACGACGCCGCCGCGUUCGCCGCCGAGGGCAGGGGGGAGGAGGGCGGCAAGGGGGAGAGCAGAGCGGGGAACGAUGAGAAGGAGAAGGAGAAGGAAGCGGGAGGUGCGGAGGCGAUGGAGGAGGCGCUGACAGACGAGGAGAGGGAGGCGAAGGCGAGGAGGCAGGAGGCGGUGAGGGAGAAGGAGGCGGGCAACGCGGCGUACAAGCGCAAGGAGUUUGAGAGCGCCGUGGAGCACUACAGUAAGGCCAUCGAGCUGGACGACUCUGACGUCACCUUCCUCACCAACCGCGCCGCCGUGUUCCUUGAAAUGGGCAAGUACGCAGAGUGCAUAGCAGACUGUGACAGGGCGGUGGAGCGGGGUCGAGAGGUGCAUGCGGACUUCAAGGUGGUGGCGAGGGCGCUCACUCGCAAGGGGACAGCGCUGGUGAAGCAGGCCAAGACAGCCCAGGACUACGAGCCUGCCAUUGCUGCCUUUAAUAAGGCCCUUACGGAGCAUCGCAAUCCCGACACACUGAAGAAGCUCAAUGAGGCAGAGAAGGCAAGGAAGGAGCUGGAACAGCAGGAGUACUACGAUCCAGUCAUCGCCGACCAGGAAAGAGAGAAGGGCAACGAGGAGUUCAAGCUGCAGAAGUUCCCUGAGGCAGUUAAACACUACAAUGAGGCCAUUAAGAGGAAUCCUAAAGACGUCAAGUCUUACAGCAACCGAGCAGCGUGCUACAUCAAGUUGGGCGCCAUGCCGGAGGCAAAGAAGGAUGCGGAGAAGUGCAUUGCAUUGGACGAGUCGUUUGUGAAGGGGUACUUGAGGAAGGGCGCAGCAGAGUAUUUCAUGAAGGAGUAUGACCACGCCAUGGAGACCUACCAGCAGGGCCUCAAGGUGGAACCGGGAAACCAGGAGCUGUUGGAUGGCAUUAGGAGCUGCGUGCAGCAGAUCAGCAAGGCCAACAGGGGGGACAUUGCGCCAGAGGAGCUUAAAGAGAGGCAGGCGAAAGCGAUGCAGGACCCUGAGAUCCAGUCCAUUCUCACGGACCCAGUCAUGCGCCAGGUGCUCACAGACUUCCAGGAAAACCCUCAGGCAGCCAUGCAGCACCAAAAGAACCCCAUGGUCAUGGCCAAAAUCCAAAAGCUGGUUGCAGCAGGGAUUGUGCAAGUGCGCUGA